AUGCGAUACUUUCUUCUCUUGUCCCUAAGCCUGCAGCACAGAAGCCGGGAUGCUCAUGGUUGUUCUGAGGUGAAUCUAAGAAAUAACUGUGUGAAAACAGAUCAGCAUGGCUCUUAUCCAUGCUCGUUUAAGGACUGCAAUGGGAAGGAGCUUUUACCAGUUAUAUGUCCUCACUGUGAAAAACAUUUUUGCUUAAGGCACCGUCAUCAAUCAGACCAUGAAUGUGAGAAACUGGACACACCAAAGCCUCGAAUGGCUGCCACCCAGCAGCUAGUUCAAAAUAUUAUAGAUUCCAAAAAAAGCGAGGAAGCCAAAAGCAAAAGACGGAAAGGAGCGAAAAGCAGCGAAAUGGCAGCAAAGGUGGCUCUAAUGAAACUGAAAAUGCACGCGUGUGGGGAUAAGUCGUUGCCUCAGACUGAAAGAAUUUACUUUCAAGUAUUCUUACCAAAGGGAAGCAAAGAAAAAAGCAAGCCCAUGUUCUUUUGCAAUAAGUGGAGUAUUGGCAAAGUAGUAGAUUAUGCAGCAUCUUUAGCAAGUCUUAAAAAUGACAACAACAAAUCAACAGCCCAGAAAUUGAGAUUGUGCCAUACUAUCUCCGGAGAAGCCUUACCAUUUGAGCACACGUUGAAAACAUGGCUGUUUGAUAAGGAAUGCCCAUUGUAUAAUGGUGGAAACGUCAUUCUAGAGUAUCUUGACAAUGAAGUUCUAUUUAUAGAAGAUACGGAAUCGUACUUCAGUUAAUCAGC